AUUCACCAAACCCACACAACUCGAUCCUGGUCUGAUUGUGGCAUUUCCUGUCACUACCAUAUUAUCCCAAUCGUUCUGGCAGACAUCCUACUUACCUUCUCCUCAAACUUUAACACCCAAGACUCGAACCCACUGAGAUGGCCAAAGUGAUCAUCUUCGGCGCAACCGGCACGGUCGCCUCAGCCACCGCCCGCGCCGCCCACGCCCGGGGCACCAGCGUCGUCCUCGCCGCCCGUGACCCCACCAAACCCAUUUCAGCCCUAACCCCCGAACAAGAGCACCAGGGCAGCUAUCAACGCAUCCAGGCCGACCUGAGCGACCCCGAAUCCAUCCGCCUCGCGGUGACCUCCACGAACGCCACGCGGGCAUUCGUCUAUACCGUCUUCGACGCUCCAGACCACAUGCGCGCCAGCCUGGAGGCCAUGAAAUCCGCCGGGAUCGAGCACGUGGUCUACUUGAGCAGCUUCGCUGUGAAGGGCGAGCCGGGCAGUGUCGGGCCGGAGAAUUUCAUCGCGCAUGCCCACGCGCGGGUAGAAAUGUCUCUGGCAGAUGUGUUUGGAGCUUCGGGGUAUGUUGCGGUGCGGCCGAGUUUCUAUGCCACUAAUAUUCGAUGGUGGUUGGCUGCUGCGGCUGAGGGGAGGGUGGGGAUGGCGUAUCCGGAGGCGAAGUUUGACUUGGUGGUUCCGGAGGAUAUUGGCCGGGUUUGUGGGACACUUCUUGCGCAAGGGAGUGGUAUGGUGCAGGGCAAUUAUGUGAAUUUGCUGGGUCAGGAAGAGCUGGCGCUGGGAGAUGCUGUUCGAUUGCUGAGUCGAGAGACCACCGGGAAAGAGGUGGAGGUUGUCACGGUUGGCGAGGAGGAAGAGAUUGAGUGCUUCGUUGCAAAGCUUGGGUUCCCCGAGCCUCUGGCGCGGGCUGUCGUGCAGCAGAAUCGGGAGCAGAGCCUUGGUCUCGGUCGUGGGCUUGUCAAUUUCGCAACGGACACGGAUUUUACGCGGAAUGUGUAUCGCAUCACUGGGAGUCAGUCGACGGGGUUCAGAGAAUGGGCUCAGCAGGCGUAA